AUGAUUAAACAUCGAGAUUCAUUAAUUGCAGAAGGUUUUCAAAUAGUUAGUCUAUGUAUGGUCUGGUAUGGUGUAUCAGCCGCAGGCAAUGUUAUUGUUAAAGAAUUACUUAAUGAAUUUCCAUUUCCAUUAACAGUUACACUUGUACAACUUUUUAGUGUCUGGAUUUUAAGUAUUCCACUUCUUCGAAUAUGGAAAGUUCCACCGCCUGAUUAUCUUUAUCAAAAUCGUAUAUAUUAUUUUAAAAUUAUUAUUCCUUUAUCAAUUGGCAAAUUUCUUGCACAACUUUCAUCUCAUGUUAGUCUUUGGAAAGUACCGGUUUCUUAUGCUCAUACAGUCAAAGCAACAAUGCCUCUGUUCACUGUAAUAUUAUCUCGUUUAAUUCUACGUGAAAAACAAUCAUUUUCUGUUUAUUUUUCACUUGUUCCUAUUAUUGUUGGUGUAAUUAUAGCAACAGUUACAGAAAUUUCAUUUAAUUUCAUUGGUCUUAUUAGUGCUUUACUUUCAACAUUUGGAUUUUCAUUACAAAAUAUUUAUUCAAAAAAAUCUCUAAAAGAUAUUGCAAUUCAUCAUUUUACAUUACUUGCUUUAUUAGCUAAAAUAUCAUGGUGCUUAUUUGUACCUUUUUGGUUUUUUUAUGAUGGAAUAGAUAUAUAUUAUAAUACGAAAUACCAUGCUUAUAAUAGAGCAAUGAAAGUUUUUAUUUAUUUAUCUAUUGAUGGUAUACUUAAUUUUUUACAUAAUGUUGUAGCAUUUACAAUGAUUUCACUUGUAACACCAUUAUCUUAUAGUAUAGCGAAUAGUACAAAACGUAUUGUUGUUAUUUGUAUUUCAUUAUUAAUAUUAAGAAAUCCAGUAACAACGGCAAAUGUUAUUGGUAUGAGUUUAGCUUUAUUUGGUGUUAUGUAUUACAAUAAAGCUAAAUAUGAUCAACGUCGUGCUCAACAUAAACAAGCUAUUAUCCCAUUAGUUCGAAGUGAACCAAAUCUACAUACACUAAAUCUUGAUGCUAUUCGACUAAAUCAUCCUGAUGCUGAAUUAACAUCUCGACAUCAUCCAAUAUUACAUACCAGUGGACCAUAUUAUAACGGUUUUAUCCCGAAUUAUGCAAGUCAAUCAUAUAAAAAUAUUUAA